ACAUUCUACCGGCGAGCGGCUGGACGCCACGUGCUCCUCGCGUGUUUCGAGUGCUCGUAUUGUGCGGAAAUACGAUCGCGAGCGUACCGAAUGUGCGUCGUAGCGAACAGUAUCGUCGUGAUGCGUGAGUGAGUAGCAGUGUUGCGUGUACCAACGACCUUCCGCCUUUGCAAAACGCGCCGCGAGCUUGUCGUGUCGCUUCGAGUUUUGGCGCGCGCGUAUUCGCCGGUAAGAACGCGCAGUAGAAUAUCGCGAACGUCGAAUGUGAGACGCUACCAAUCGUUGUGUGAUAUCAGCUCGGUGGAACAUUCUCGAACGGGAGAACGAGCCGUCUCGUCUUCGCCCAUGUAUCUACGCGAACGGGUAGUCGGCCGGCUCUCGUUGUCCCGGGCUUUUCACAUGACGUCACGUGACGUCACGCCAGUUUUUCCUUGCAAUACAUUUACUUACAUGCAUCGCUGGUCGGGCGUAACGUACGUUUCGCGUUUUUCGAGUGUAAAUUGUACAUAAAUACGAUGUCGGGAGUAACGGACAGUCGCCUUAACGUUCAAAUUGCGGUGUGACGCGUAGAAAUGAUCGUACUUGUAAGACGUUUCCACAUGGGAUAUGUCAGUACCUGUUGCGUCGCAAUAACUUGCACAUUCGCACGCGUACGUGUACACGCGGCAUCCGCGUGAUGUCAACAGUGCCGGAUAAACAUUGAACGAUCAUCGUGUCGUCAUUUAAUAUUCGGUCUUGAGAAUGAGCUGGGAGUAAUAGACAAUCGCUUUAACGCGCGAAUUGUGGCGUAACGCGUAGAAAUAAUCGUUCUUGUAAGACGCUUUCUCGUGGAAUACCUGUUGCGUCGCGAUAAUUUACAUUUUUGCACGCGUUCGUGUUCAUGCGAUAUCUGCGUGAUGACAAAGUGCCGAAUCGGACAAUCGUCGCGCGUGUCGUCAUUUAAUGUGCGCAGAGUAGCAGAAUGACGAAUGACAACGAGAUGACGGCAGAAUUCCACGAGAAAGCGGCAGAAUUCCACGAGAAGGCGGCAUCCAUGGAGCAGCAACUCGGAUUUAUGCCUGCAGUAGUGAGAGUCUCCGCUGGAGAGUUAAUCUCCGGACUCGUGUAGGUCAACUAUGGCAGCCACCGUGAUCCACGAGGACUCUCGAUCAAGAAUAAUGCGCGACAGGAAGGCGCGCUCGCGAGAUGGAAAUGGAAAAUUCCCACGGCUCGUCGAUACGGGGACGAGCAGAGGGGAGAGACAGCAGAAGAAGGGACGACCUUCCCCGAGGGAAGGGUGGAACUCUGAGACGUAAAUUGCAAAUGUUCCGGAGAACUGGAUAAUCGGAUAAUCAGCCAGACUGUUCCGUCUCCUCUCUUCGCUCCGCAUCGCGUCGCCGCCAUUUCCAAUACUCCGCUUUUCUCGAGACAUCGGCCAAUUGAGUCGGGAUGAGUUACGGCGGGAUAAAAGUCAACGCUACUUUCGGAGGAAGCUGAAUCGACGUAACGCUCCACGCCAGGAUGGCCGGUUGGCCGUUCAGCACCGCGCUGCUGUUCAGCAUCCUCAUCCUUGUUCGCGGACGGGGAGUGGUGCUGGACAGCCAAGGGCCGGUGCUGGUCUCAGAGCCGCGCUCGAGCGUGGAGUUCUCGAACGACACCGGGGCAAUGAUCCACUGCUCGGCCCACGGCAGUCCCUCGCCGAGGAUCGACUGGCUGAUGGGCGACGGCUCGCCGGUCCUGCCGAUACCGAACAUCCGUGAGAUGCUGGUGAAUGGCUCUAUGUACUUUCUGCCGUUCGGCGCGGAGAGCUACCGGCACGACGUACACUCGGCCGUCUAUCGGUGCCAGGCGUCGAAUAGCGUCGGCAAGGUGCUCGGCCGUGAAAUCACGGUGAAGGCCGUGGUACGCCAGAAGUACGAGGUACAAGUGCGAGACGCUUACGUCUUGGCGGGUAACACAGGGGUGCUCAGGUGCGAGAUACCAGCCUUCGUCAAGGAGUACGUCGCGGUCACAUCCUGGCUGAAAGACUCGGCCUUUAACAUUUACCCGUCCGCGGAGAGCGGCGAAAAGCACCAUAUGCUGCCCACCGGAGAACUGCUCAUCUUCUCGGUGACUCCCGCCGAUGCUCACUCGACGUACCGAUGCCGCACUGUACAUCACGUUACCGGUGACACCGUAGAAAGUUCCUCGUACGCCCGGCUUGUGGUUACCGAGCACCGAAACUCGUCGCCGCCGCGAUUCAACGAGCGGGUGAAUCCUGGUCCGAUCCGUACCGGCGAGACAAUCGUGCUGUCGUGCAUCUCGCAGGGUAACCCGCCACCAACGUACCUCUGGUUCCGCGAAUCCGUCUCGGGCACAACGAUGGUCUUCAAUUCGGAGAGGAUACACGCGCGUGCCGGCGUUCUGGUGCUGCAGCCGGCCCGGGCCGAGGACGCCGGCAGAUACGUCUGCCACGCGAACAACACCGCCGGUUCCGAGCGAGUCGAGCUGGAAGUCACCAUCAUAAGCAGCCUUUCCAUCCAUCUGGCGCCUCAACAGGUGACCGUGGAUCUGGGAAAGGACGCAGAAUUUCAGUGCUCCGUUACCGGUCAGCCACAUCCGGUGAUCUCUUGGGCGAAGGACGGUCUUCCCGUGCGGGAGGGAUCGUCGGGUAGAAGUAAAGUUACGGGUAACGACGGUUCGACGUUGCGUAUAUCUUCAAUCGUCAGAGACGACAAAGGGAUGUACCAGUGCUUCGCCAAAAACGACUACGAGAUGGUACAGGCCACGGCCGAAUUACGUUUGGGAGACGCUGCACCCCAACUUCUGUACAAGUUUAUCGAGCAGACGAUGCAGCCCGGCCCCUCGGUGUCGCUCAAGUGCAUUGCGAUGGGUAACCCUACGCCGCACUUUUCCUGGACAUUGGAUGGGUUUCCUCUUCCGCAAAACGACAGAUUCAUGAUAGGCCAGUACGUGACGGUGCACGGCGACGUGAUAUCCCACGUGAACAUAAGCGCCGUGCGGGUGGAGGACGGCGGCGAAUACAGGUGCUCGGCGGUGAAUCGCGUCGCGAAGGCGCAUCACGCCGCCCGGCUCAACAUUUACGGGCUGCCUCAUGUGCGAGCGAUGGGAAACUACGCCGCUGUGGCCGGCGAGACGACCGUCAUAAAGUGUCCCGUUGCAGGCUUCCCGAUCGCCAGCAUUACCUGGGAGAAAGAUGGUCAAAUAUUACCGACCAGCCGACGUCAAGAGGUAUCUACGAAUGGCACGCUGGUGCUGCAUCGAGUCGACAGCAGCACCGAUCGCGGCGCAUACACGUGCACCGCGAAGAACAAGCAGGGUCGCUCCGACUCGCAGACCAUUCACAUAGAAGUCAAAGUUCCGCCCACGAUAGCCCCUUUUAGCUUUAAGAAGGACUUGUCGGAGGGUCUGCGGGCCCAGGUGACCUGUAUGGUCGAGAAGGGCGAUCCGCCGUUCACGAUCAUCUGGUCGAAGGACGGCGAGCAGAUUUCCGCUUCCGGCACGGCGGCCGCCGCCUACGGGCCCGCCGCCGCAGCCGCCGCUGCUGGAACCAUUAACGAUCUCCGACAACACUCGCAGAUACCACCUGGGCUGCGCGUAACCAACAUUGACGCCCAUUCCAGCGCCAUAGUUAUCGAGCGCGUCACCGCCGCGCACACCGGCAACUAUACUUGCCUGGCGCGCAAUUCGGUGGCCGAGGUCCUCUGGACGGCCGAAUUGAUCGUUCGUGUGCCGCCACGGUGGGUGGUGGAGCCGCAGGACGCCCGUGCGUCGGAGGGAAUGCCCCGAUUGAGUUUGCAUUGUCACGCCGACGGCUUCCCACCGCCGUUGGUCACAUGGCGACGUGGCAGCGGCAAGAAACCCGGCAAUUAUCACGACAUAGCCAGCCACGAGCACAUGCAGGACCUGAGAAUACACUCCAACGGCUCGCUCGUGUUCGGCCGGGUCCAGGAAGAUCACGAGGGCUUUUAUCUGUGCGAGGCUAUGAACGGCAUCGGAGCUGGACUCAGUAAAGUCGUUUAUCUUACCGUCAACGUCCCCGCGCAUUUUGUGGAAAAGCAUCGGAAUCAGACAGCGAGGCUGGGCUCGAAUGCCUCGCUGCGUUGCGAGGCGAAGGGCGACCAUCCUUUGAAGAUAGUCUGGAAGAAAGCAGGCUCCCAAUUGGAUCCUAAGCUUCCCGACUAUCGUUAUACUCUGAAGGAGGACAACACCACCGACGGCGUAGUCAGCAUUCUCGGCUUCGUCAGCACCAGCCGCGAGGACAGCGGAAGGUACUUUUGCAUCGCGUCCAACGCUUACGGCCGCGACGAGAUGACGGUUCACCUUUAUAUUCAAGAGCCCCCAGAUUUUCCACGGAAUCUUCACGUAAUCGAAAAAGGCAGUCGUCACAUUAAUCUUGGCUGGACAACUAGUCAAGAUGGAAACAGUCCAAUUACCCAGUACAUAAUCGAGUACAAAACCGAAUCAGAAGUAUGGCACGACCACACGUUUCACACAACGGUACCGGGGACACGUGCUCGCGGCCACGUGAGCGGUUUGCGUCCUGCGGUCACUUACCAGUUCCGGAUGUACGCGGACAACGAACUGGGUCGGAGUCAAGCGAGCGACAUUUUAGAGACGACAACUGAGGGGGAGAAGCCAGGCGGACCGCCGCGAAAUCUCAAAGUAGAGCCCAUCAGCUCGACCGAGUUCAACGUCACCUGGGAUCCGCCCGAUCAUGAUUUAUGGAACGGCGAGAUACUCGGUUAUCAUGUCGGCUACAAGGAACACAGGUUGGGGGCGGAGCAGUACACGUAUAAAACCGUGGAAAGACGGAUCUCGACAGCGAGCGUCGCUCUGGGUUUGGCAAGAACGUCCAUGCCCGGACGUCAGCAUCACUUGACGAACUUGAAGAAGUUCACGCGUUACAGCGUGGUCGUUCAAGCAUUCAACGCCCUCGGACCAGGUCCCAUGACGCAGGAAUUUGUGGCGUCAACCCUCGAGGACGUUCCGAGCAGCCCUCCUCAGGAUGUGCGUUGUACCGCGCUCUCGUCGACGUCCUUACAAGUCUCCUGGGAAUCUCCGCCUGACUCCAGUCUGAACGGGAUCCUGAAAGGUUACAAGGUCAUGUGGGAAAACACAGACGCGCUGACGGAGUCUGUCAAACCGGAGAUGAAAAUUACCACCGCACUGACGGUGGUGCUCCACAGCUUGGAGAAGUACACCAACUAUUCUAUCCAAGUCGUGGCGUACACCAGAACUGGUGACGGCGUCGCUUCAUCGCCUCUCUAUUGCGUGACCGAAGAGGACCUGCCGGAGAUGCCGGCCGACGUCAAGGCGGUCGUCAACUCGGCCACGUCUAUCAUCGUCUCCUGGCAGCCGCCCCUGAAAAGCAACGGCAACAUCACCUCCUACAACGUGCACAUCCGCGGAUUGGGACCGGAGAGCAAGUGGCACAGGAGGGCUCUGCCGCCGUAUCAGACCAGCUACCAGGCUGAGGACCUGCACAAGAGGAGCCAGUACGAAUUUACGAUUGCGGCGGUCACUUCGGUCGGCGAAGGACCGCAAACCCCGUCCAUCACGGUCUCACCUUCCAGUGAAGUUCGCGCCGCCAUAUAUUCGUUCGGCACCACACUGAUCGUACCGUGGAAGCAAGAUGUGACACUGCCCUGUCAAAGCGUGGGCAAGCCCGAGCCCUCGGUUAUCUGGAAGCAAUCGGGAAAGGGUCAGAUAGUCAAGCCUUCCGCCAGGGUGUCCCUCCAUCCCGAUGGAUCCUUGCAAAUCACCGAGCUUCACAGGGAGGAUAGCGGAAAUUACACUUGCUUCGUGGAGAAUCGCCAUGGCUCCGAUCAAAUAACUCAUCGCUUAACCGUACAAGUUCCACCUGCGGCGCCGUUAUUACACGCGACCAGCACCAGCAGCAAUUCGAUUAACGUGCAGUGGAAAAACAGCGACGAUGGCGGUUCGCCGAUCCGCGGCUACAUUUUACAUUACAAGCGCGAGUCCGGCGAGUGGGAGGAAUUCAAAGUGUCGCACAAAAUGAGCAGCUUCGUCUUGUCGCGGCUCUGGUGCGGCAACGACUAUCAAAUGUACCUGACGGCGUACAAUCGCAUCGGCAUGGGCAGACCUAGCGAAAUCGUCAAGGCAACCACAAAGGGUUCAAAGCCAGACGAGUCGCCCGGAACUGGCGACAAGUUUGUUACAGUCAAUGUUUCGUGGAUCACUCUGCACCUCAGCACGUGGAACGACGGAGGAUGUCCGAUAACUUUCUUCGAGUUGGAGUACAGAAAGAGCGGCGAGGGGAUCUGGACACUGGUUUCAAAUAAUAUAGAGGUACAAAAGACGUAUACUCUGAGCGAAUUGCAGCCAGGGACCACUUAUGACAUUCGCAUAAGGGCCCACAACAAUGCCGGCUCGUCAGUGGCCGAGUACAAGAUAACGACGUUGCAGCCGCACAUUAGCACGACUAUGUCCGCCAUCGAAAUCGAUCAUUACAUUCCUCAGCACACCUCUGUGUAUUCGGAUCUGAAGCUCAUCGUACCUUUGGUGCUAAGUUCGUUCGCGGUCAUCGCUGCGGCCGGUGCCGUCUUCUACUGCUUCCGCAAACGUCCGUUUAUGGGCGACAUCGGAAGCCUGCACGACGCGCAAACCGCGGCCGCCCUAGACAAUAAGCAGAACAUGGAGCAGCGCGAGCAAUAUUACGCCACCGUGCGAAAACCAUUACGCUCGCCAAUCCACGAGAUGGCCACGCUCGAGAAAAUACCAGAAUAUUCGGAAGAUAUCUACCCGUACGCCACGUUCCAGCUGGAGGAAAGCGUUCCUGCAGGAGGCGACAGCCGCUGCAAUUCUGCCGCGCCUCUUCAGACCUUUGUCUAUCACGACCCUCGUCUCUCCGCUGCCGAUACCCUUCAGUUACGAGAGUCGGAUUGCAACCGGUACACUAAGGUGCGCGGAGGCCGUUCGUCCUCUGCGCCGUUGCACAAAGCGCACAAGGUCAGUCAGGGCAAGUCCGAGUCGGAGGAGUACGACACCCUGGGCUCGGACAGCGACACGGAAGUCGGGACCAGCAGCCGAACCGAGUCUUCCAAUCACCUCGUCGAUUCGCACCACUCGGCAUCUGCGGCCGACUCGCGCGUCCACAACUUCCUGUACCAUGGACCAGAAUCUAGCACGUCUACAGAACCCUCACCGAUUUUUGAGAGAAAAUCGUUUCCUGGAAGGGGAAGACCCAAGAUGUUACAGUUGGCGCGUCAUACCAGCGAGGAGGCCCGUGCCAACUUCGGGCCAAUCUCCGGGUUUGGCCAUCCCAAGCACCAGUCGGGCAAUUCCUGUGCCAAUCGGGACCAGGAGCGUGACGGAUCAGGAAACCUGUUCGUCCCCAAGCUGGACCCACCCUCGGGGUUCUCCGACGCGUUUGAGCUAAGCGAGGCCGAGUGCGACUUCGAUCGCGGUCACAGCCAACGAAACGUCCGUGACUUCGUAAUCGCGGUGUAAAUAGCGUGUAAAAGCCUCCGACGCAUACGCGGGAAUCCCGUCGUAAGGUAAAAGAGAAAAGAAGAAAUUAAAAGUAAAUGACGAGAGAAGAGAAAGAAGAAGUAUAAUAAAGUAUAAGAGGAAAAAUCGCGCGAGAAUUUAUGUAAACCGCGGUCCGUCGUUUCGUUAAUGCGAAUUGGCGCCUCGCGUCCGAUCGCCACAGCCACUCGAGUGAUAUUAUAAUUCCACGUGCUCCUUCGUCCUGCUCUCCCGGCCUACGUCGGCGAGAAACGCGUCCGUCAGCACAACGACCACGUGCUCCGUAAACUGCCACCGGCAGAUCUCUGGCGAGAUCGAUCCAAACGUCAAGAUUAUUUCUCGGCUUAAGUACUUUAGGGCUACGAUUAGGCGAACGAUCGCGAACGCGCUGCGAUUGAUCGUAUAACACAAAGUUAAGUUUAACGAGAGAGAGAGAGAGAGAGAGAGAGAGAGAGAGAGACAGAGAGAGUCUAUAAGCUGCCGUUUAUCGGUUCCGCUCCGGUAGAACCGCCAAGUUAUACGCAUCGCGUCGUUCGAGUACUCGUGCGAGUGCUUGAGCGAAGCGAGUCGAGUGCUCUACGUUGUUGUCUGUUCUAAUAUCGUGGCGCGAGAAAAGAAUCGAGCGUUUCGACGACGACGAAAACCGUGUAAAACUGCCACGUUUUAUUCCACGCUCCGUAUAAUUAAUCCUAGUUAGUUAAAAUGGCGGCGCUACACGCGCGAUCCGCAUCCACCUCGGAUUUCUUCCCUCCACGCGACCGUCUUCUACUGCGCGGGUAUCUGCCUACGAUUUGCCGAAGCACGCGAACACGUACCACCCCGCCUACAGUCUUCUGAUUAUUACAAUAGCGAAAAUACGACGCGAAGCGCGCGACAACUGUAAUUAAGCUGUAAGAUUCUAACGGUAACUGCCAUCUUACUCUAUUACGAAGCGACCAACGACCGCGAAGAGAUCUUACUCUAUUACGAUCGACCAAAAACACCCUCGCGAAUCGUUCUCCGACGAUUGCACGUGUCUCUGGCGCGAGACACUCGUACAUGCAUAUCGAAGCGAGCAAUACGCGACCUCCGAACAUUUUUCCUUGUCUUCCAGUCAUUCACGUCGAUUCGAUCCAUUCAUCGCGAUCCAUUAAUCGAAACGCACCAUCUUCCGCUUCUCCACGAAGAGUGUUACCGUACGUGUCUAAGUAAAGAGAAAGUAACGCGAUCAUUCGUCGUUGUCGUCAGUGUCGUUGUAACUUACCCGAGAGACUGAAAGAAGCAUCGUAGUUUAGGUUUACACGCGAGGUCUGUCGCAAGCGGCGCUCGCAGAUCUCUGCGGUUAGCGUGAAAGCUGAAAGAGAGUUUGCAACGUCAGUAAAGGAAGACGCCGUUGUACGCGCGAGUGUUGCUAGAGGAACGUCGAAUGCGACGGACGUCGAGCGUAAACCUAGUCUUAGUAGACGAGUUACCACGUAGCGUAAACAUAACGGCCGAACGUAAUGUCUGUAAGCUAUCUAUUACUACUGUACCCGUUGUACACCUCGCUCAUCACAAACUGCCACGUACAUCACGUGUCAUCUGAAACCCAGCCCUCCCCUUUCCCCUUUCCCCUUUCCUUCCUCUGGCCUUCUGAAAGAAGAAGCUAAGAAGAAAAGAUAGAAGAAAACGCAAACGCGAUGCUAAUCUGCGUCGAUUAACGACCGACGGACCCCGAAGAUGAUGAUAAUGAUGAUGAAGAUGAUGAUGAUGAUGAUGAUGAUGAUGACGGUGUGAGAAAUUAUUAAAAUUGAAAGAAAAGAGCCGCUGUUUCACGAGUGUUAUCGCAGCCUUCGUGACACUACGUGUUGCCAUCGAAUCAGUUUUGUCGUCACCCGUUGGCUGGUUGGAUUACCGUGUCACACUCAGUCGGGGGUGACAAUGAUUUUUCGGUCGUCCGGUUUAAGUCCUCGAACUCCCAUACCUCCCCCAUGUUAUUUCGGCCCUCGAGUCAUUCGCGCGAGGUGGAAGAAAGCGAAAGGAGUCGCCCUGUUGAUAAUAUAUCGUCUAUCUUUACGACACACAAAAUGAUUUACCACGAAAUUCGUACUAUUGUGUUUUAGACGACUUUAGAUUGUUUAUAUUCUAUUUACUUUGUAAAAUAUACAACACUAAUUCCAUAUUGGAAACGUG